GGGCGUAUGCCACGUACUGUUGGACGUUGACAGUCGCGCUACUUCCUGGUGCUCACAAUCAGCUUCUGUUAGCUAAGCUUACACAUUUCGAUACUCAUAGUGUCAGCAAAACCUGUCCAAAACAGCGUGGUCAAGUCUUCUGAUUCAGAGGUGGGAGCAGAAGAGGGCAGACGGCACCAUGAACGGCCAGCUGGAUCUAAGUGGGAAGCUGAUCAUCAAAGCCCAGUUGGGCGACGACAUCAGACGCAUCCCCAUCCAUAAUGAGGACAUCACCUACGAUGAGCUGGUGCUGAUGAUGCAGCGCGUGUUCCGGGGGAAGCUGCAGAGCAGCGACGAGGUGGCCAUCAAGUACAAGGACGAGGAUGAUGACCUCAUCACGAUCUUCGACAGCUCUGACCUCUCCUUUGCCAUCCAGUGCAGUAGAAUACUCAAGCUCACUUUGUUUGUGAACGGCCAGCCACGACCCCUGGAGUCCAGUCAGGUGAAGCACCUGCGCAGGGAACUCAUCGAGCUCCGGAACAAAGUCAACAGUCUGCUGGACAGCCUGGAGCCCCCCACGGAGCCUGGCCUCGCUGACAGCGCGCCCGACAGCGAAAUGGUGGACGGGCGUGAGGGCAAGGCACCGGCGGCAGAGCAGGCCAUGAGGCAGGCCCCGCCCGUCAGCGCGGCCAGCAUGUCGGCCUUCGACCCGCUGAAGAUCCAGGAGGAGGUCAGCAAGAACGUCAUCUCUGCUUUUGGCUUGAGCGAGGACCAGGCCCCAGCGCCCCCUGGUGUAGUGGCUGAGGAGCGCUCGGGAACCCCCGACAGCAUCGCCUCCUCCUCCUCUGCUCCCCCCCAGCAGCCGACCCCUCAUUAUGCAGUCCAACCGGGAGCCCCUGCAGCCAUGGACGGUCAGGUUUAUCAGCAGUACCAGGCUCCUGGUGGAUACCCCCCCCAGCAGCCUGCUGCUCCCCCCCAGCAGCAGCAGUAUGGGCUGCAGUACGCCGCAGGCUACAACACCCAGCCCGGAGCACCACAGCCUGGCCCUCCACAGCCACAGCCACAGCAGCAGCAGCCGCAGCAGUUCCAGAACUACCCCCCUGCCUCCUCCCAGGCCCCGGCCCCCGGCCAGGCCCCUACCCCGGGCUUCCAGGCCGGGCAGCAGCAGCAGCAGCCCCCUCCGCCCCAGGGGGCUCAGCAGUACCCCCCGGGAGCCUUCCCUCCCCAAAACUACACCGCCCAGGCCUCCCAGCCGGCUAACUACAGCCUGCCUCCCAACGCCCAGCCCGGCCAAGGGUACCAGCCGCGGCCCGCGUACACCCCGCCCCCGGGCAGCAAUGUCACCCCUCCGCCCGGGUCAGCUAACCCCUAUGCCCGCAACCGCCCCCCCUACGGCGGUGGCUACACUCAGCCGGGGCCCGGGUACCGAUAAAUGCUGCUUUAACCGGGCGCCGGAGCUCCGCAAUACAUCUAAGGCCGACCCUGUGCGGCGCCAGGCUCUGCGUGGCCUGGUCGCCGUUCACAUGGUGUUCAAAUCCACCCCCCCACUGUUCAACAAGUUGCCCCCUCUAUUAGAAGCACCCACCCCCCCCGGUCUGUCGUAUGUUUCCAUGCUGCCUCUCCAGCAAAACAUUCUGACCGCUGUUGGAUAGUUUUAGUUUGUUUUUAGUUAUUCCCCCGCUCCCCCCACCCUGAGAGAAUGGCCUGCUAAAUGAUCACCAUGCCUCCAGCGUCUGUCUGUGUGUAGUUUUAAUUCUGUCUCCGUGCACACCCCUGUGAGAUUUCAAACAGGCUGUCGUCGUACAAGCUUUUGAUUUCUCUUUCGUCCUUCAUGAUCAACAUUAUUUUUCCUGCUGAAAUCGGUGUAUCCUUAAUAUCCAUCUAUAUAUAUAUAUACAUAUAUCGUGCUCGGCAAACAGAUAAUGUUGAUAAUGGAAGCGUCUAACUGGCCUUGUUGGUUAGAUGCCUUUUGAAGACUCUUAUAGAAUAAAAUGUUGCACCUUUUAGGUUUUGGUUUUGUUUGAUGUCCCUCAAUGUGUAUUAAUUAUGUUGCUGUUUAAACUGCCCUGCGUUGGAAACACUAGUUUAUGUGAGCGAUGGUUCAUGGGAGGUUGCAGAUUAUUGGCAUCCCGAAAGGAUUAACCUGAUCUCCUCUUUAUCUUCUUGUAAUUACUUUCUCUCGCUCUUUCUAUCACCUUAUCCGGUCACUCGUUUUUACUAAUAUAUCAAAUAAAGGAAAAACUCACACCUUUCUGUAAUAUUAGUUGUUAAUGUAUAAAUUGUAACAUUUUUUCUCUGGAACCUAAUAAAACAUUGAGACCCAAGA